AUGGGGAAGGUCAUAAAGUCAUUCCCUCUACCAGAUAUCAACAACAUGUAUGAUACAACAAGCGGUAUCCCACAUGAGAUUUUUGAGGAGGCAAGCAUAGUACCCAGUGCGGAUGAUAUGGCUCUGUUUGAGUGCUUAAAAAACAAGCAGAGGGCUGCAUAUGAUGAGAUCAUGUUUGCUAUUGAUACGGACGAAGGUGGCUUGUUCUUUGUGGAUAGACCUAGCGGCACUGGGAAGACUUUUCUUUACGAGGCCCUGCUGGCUAAAGUACGCAGUGAGAACAAGCUUGCUAUGGCGACAGCUACAUCUGGUGUUGCUGCCUCCAUCAUGCCUAGUGGAAGAACCGCCCACUCACGCUUCAAAAUACCACUUACUCUUGAGGAUGGUGGAUGUUGUAGCUUCACAAAACAAAGUGGUACUGCCAAGCUGCUAUGGACAACAUCUCUUAUAAUUUGGGAUGAGGCUACUAUGACAAAGAGACAAGCGGUGGAGCCUCUUGACAAAAGCUUGAGGGAUAUAAUGGAUCAAUUGGAUCUGUCGUUUGGUGGAAAGACUGUUGUUUUUGGUGGAGAUUUUAGGCAGGUCCUCCCUGUUGUCUGGAAGGGGUCGAGGGCUCAGAUGGUUGAUGCUUCGCUGCGGAGGUCAUACCUUUGGGAUUCCAUGCGGCACUUAGAGUUGGUGCGCAACAUGAGGGCACAGAGCAACCCAUGGUUUGCAGAUUAUCUCUUGCGCAUCGAUGGUGGAACAAAGGAGUUCAAGAGGAAGCAAUUUCCUGUUAGGCACAUCUUUGCAAUGACGGUUAACAAGGCACAAGGGCAAACUAUUCCCAACAUGAGUGUGUACUUGCCCGAACCCGUAUUCUCACAUGGUCAGUUGUACGUUGCGCUAUCCAGAGCAACCACCAGAUCAAACAUCAAGAUCCUCGCACUCCCACCUAAUGCUGAGGAAGGCGACGAGGAAGAUGAAAAGAAGGAUAAGAAGAACUCCAAGAAGGACAAGAAAAAACCUAGUGCGAAGGAGAAGAAAAAAAAAGUCUGA